AAUUCCUCACUCUAGUUAUGAUCUUAUCUUUCCGUUUUUCACCAAACAAUCCCUAAAAUGGGGCAUUUAAGUUUUAAACAGUAUAUAACCCCGCAAUAUCAUAAUUAAUUUAAUUAAAUAAUAAAAUUAAAUUAACGCGUCGUUCUUUCCAAUUUACAGGUUACUGAACUCAGCAAUCCAUCUCGCGAGGACUCAAGCGUUUUUGAUGUUAGGGUUUUGGUAAUUGGGAAAAGGAGAUUGAGUAAAGAUGAAAGGUGAGGUACAAAUGGAGGAAUCAUCAUCAUCAUCGUCAGCUUUUGAAGGAGUACGGAAUUCAGAAGAGGGAGCCACUGAUCCUUUACUUCCGAUGAAUAACGACGACGAUGAUGUUGAAGUUGUUGUUAAGUCGUCUUCCUUUUCUACGGAAAUAGUGAGGGGGGAAACUGAUGAUAAUGGCGGCAGCGGCGGUGGCGGGAAUGAUGAUGAUCUCGAAGCUGGUUCUGCUCCUUGUUGUCGCAUUUGUCUUGAAUGUGAUGGAGAGGAUGAUGACGAGUUGAUAUCACCAUGCAUGUGCAAAGGCACCCAGCAGUUUGUUCACCGUUCAUGUCUUGAUCAUUGGCGUUCAGUGAAGGAAGGUUUUGCCUUUUCACAUUGCACGACUUGCAAAGCACAAUUUCAUCUCCUUGUUGAGUCAUUUGAAGACAACACUUGGCGUAAAUUGAAGUUCAGGCUAUUUGUUGCUAGAGAUGUUCUCCUUGUAUUUUUGGCUGUACAGACUGCAAUUGCGGCAAUGGGAGCCUUUGCAUAUCUCAUGGACAAAGAUGGGGCUUUCAGGAAUUCAUUUAGUGAUGGAUGGGAUCGCAUAUUGUCAACGCAUCCUAUACCGUUUUACUACUGCAUAGGUGUGGUGACUUUUUUCGUGUUGCUUGGGUUCUGUGGGCUUAUAAUUCACUGCUCCUCCCUGAGCAGCAACGAUCCUCGCAUGGCUGGAUGCCACAACUGCUGUUAUGGAUGGGGCAUCUUGGACUGUUUUCCUGCAUCAAUGGAAGCAUGUUUUGCGCUGGUCAUUGUUUUUGUGGUAAUUUUCGCAAUCCUCGGAAUCGCAUAUGGUUUCCUUGCUGCCACCAUGGCUGUUCAAAGAAUAUGGCAAAGACACUACCAUAUCCUCACAAAGAGAGAGCUGACAAAGGAAUAUAUUGUAGAUGAUCUACAUGGGUGCUAUACCCCGCCUAAGCUGGACCCAGAGCAUGAAGAACGACUCAAGAUGCUCAAGUUGCUAUGAGAAAAAUAACUAGUUUUUGGAACUGGGCAAUGUCUACAGUUUGUUGCUUGUAAUAUAUGGAUUAGGUUAAAUUUUUACUCCAGCGAUUGAUUGUUUUUAAAUAUCGAAUAGCUCGUCUGAAAAAUGAGGAAUCACAUUUCUUAUUAGUGGUACAAUGUGCCAACAAAAUGUUGUUAUAUGUAGUGGUUUAAACUAUAUAGUUGAUAAUACUACAGAUGUAUGAAGAAUUAAUAGAAAAGAGGCUUAUUAUAAAAAUAUUACCUCUUAAUUAUUCAAUUUAAAGCGGAGAGUAUUUCUUACUCCCUCUGUAUUUAUUUACGGUAA